UAGUAAACAUGAGUCAGUGAAAAAAUGUCGAGUGAAAGUGUCACCUACAUUCAGAGAUUUUCCUGGAUUUUCAACAUCCUUUUCCACCAAGCUUUAGCAGUGGUCACUGUGUAUAUAUUAUGCACAGCUUUGGUCAACGGCGCCUCUGACUCUCUAGCAACAUGGCACAUGGUCCUAACCCCAUUUGGAUUUUUAUUUCUCAUGAUGGAAAGUUUCAUUUUAUUCACAAACACCAACAUCCCUACUUUGCAAAUGGCGCGAAUUAAAAAACAAUACGUCCAUGGCACACUCCAAUUCCUCAGCACUGUCUUCAUCACAGUGGGAAUCUCCUUCAGGAUUAGCACCAAAGAGGGCGACCAUUUCACCUCAACUCACGCAAUUUUGGGACUGGUCGCUUGGAUCCUCGUUUGGUGCUCAGUGAUUCUGGGACUCGCCACAUCCCAAUCCCAACACCUGAAAAAAAUCGCCAAACCAGUGGUUCUCAAACUUUUGCACACUUUAAUCGGAAUUUGUGCCUUCACUUUCGGGAUCAUUGCGUUGUGUUUUGGCCUGAAAAAUUAUUUCAAGUCGUUUUCAGGCGAAGAUACCAUCAAUGCGGCGGUUGUAACAAUCGCACUUUUGUACCUUUGGGCCCUUUUUGACCCUUUCAGGGCACUCUACGCCCACAUACGCAGUGUUUUUGCAAAAUAAGCGCUCGAAAGAUAAAGAUAAUAAUAGAUUUAUUGUGUAAUAAAAAAGAAAUAAAUUAUUUGA